AUGCUGGUGGCGCUGUGGGAAACUUUGAGCCUGGCGCCGGCCCGCACGGUGACGCGGCCGCAGCUGGACACAAGUGCGAGCUCCGGUGGCGUCCUGGCCUUCUUCAAGUGGAACAACCGAGACUGUGUGGGAAGCAGCUUCCACGCAAGUGUGCUGAACAACCGGGAGAAGGAGGUCAUCAGGCAACUCGAUGCAGGUGUGGACGUCGAUGCAAUCUUCCGCUAUGAGACGGUCUGGCAGGGAAGGCAGCAGCAGUGCACUGGCAAGGCCAUCCACCUCGCUGCCAGCCGCUGCCACCUGUCCAUGGUGCAAUUAUUGCUUGAGAGGAAUGCCAGCCUGCACAGCAUGGUGACGAGGGAUGGCCAGGACAACUACGAGGUGAUCCAUGCCGCAGUCUUCAGGGAGGGGCGAGGGGGCUGCCGCGAGAUGAUCGACUUCCUGUGUGCCAGGGGUGCAGAUAUCGAGUGCUUGAAUGCCAACAACUGGUCGUGUCAGCACGUGGCGUUCCAGACGGGAAACAUGGAGACCAUCUGGGCGGUGGAGCGCGCCCGUGCGAAGAAGCUGGGCUUGGACGAGAGCAGCGAAGAUGCGGAGCAGGAAGUGGAAGGACCCUUUAAUUGCUUGAAUGAGAGAGGGGUUUCCCUUUACUUGGCUGUGGACGGUGGCAGGAGUGGCAUCGAGGAGUGA